ACCCCCCAGAACCCCAAAACCCCACCCUUCCCCAGCCCCAACCGCACGCUUCGACGCUGCCCGGCAACCCCACGCCUUUUCCAACUCCCGCCUCUCCCGCCAGCAAUCCCCCGCCACUGCCGUCCUUCACCCCUCCUAGAACUCAAAUUUCCACCUUAAAACCAAGCGAAGAGGCCCUGAGACAUCCAGUGGCCCGCGCCCCAAUUUUCCAGAUUUUGACUGAUUUUUCUUCCAUUUUGUAGAGCGGGUAUGUACUUCUCUCUCUCAGUUCAAUAUUUAUGUGGAUGGAGAAGCCAAAAACUAAUUCUUUUUGAGGAACUCCCUCCGCCCAUCAAAGUUUCUAUUCUGUUUCACCUCUCUAUAUUUUGGUGAAGUCGGUCUACUUAUGUUGGAAGAGUUGAUUCAAACCCGUAUUGGAUAUGUUAAACUCCUCUGAUUGCUUGCAAGGAUUAUUUCUGGGGGCAGCGCAUAACAUUUCCAGAUUUUCUUUGACUCCAAAACUUGUAUUUUUCAACUACACCAAUCAUAGGAUAGCUGAAAAUCAGAUUUUGUUUGGAAAUUCGAUUCGGGCAUCGACAACAAAUGGUGACUUCCAAUCAAAAUUAAAAAUUGAAGGCAAAACUUUGGUGGAGAGGAGCCAAACAAAGUAUCCAGCAAGAUGGGUAAAUUAUGGAGGAUGUAUUCCAUCGAUUUUGCAAGCAUUGGAUACUGUUCAGGAUCUCGACGAGGCUCUAAAGCCAUGGGAAGGGAGCCUCAACAACAAGGAGAGGACUAUAAUUCUCAAGGAGCAGAGCAAUUGGAGAAGGGCUCAAGAGAUAUUUGAUUGGUUUAAAAGAAAGGGAUGCUAUGAACUCAACGUGAUUCACUACAAUAUCAUGUUUAGAAUUUUUGGGAGAGCUCGAAGAUGGGAUCUUGUGCAGAAACUUUGGAAUGAGAUGAAAUCCAAUAGGAUAGCACCCUCAAACUCGACUUAUGGUACGUUGAUCAAUGCUUGCUGCAAAGCAGGCUUGAAUAAAGAAGCCCUUCUUUGGCUUGGUGACAUGUACAAACAGGCAAUGGAACCCGAUGAGGUGACAAUGGGGAUUGUUGUUCAAAUGUAUAAGCAGGCUGGAGAGUUCCAAAAGGCGGAGCAGUUCUUUGAGAAGUGGUCAAUGGAUUCAAGUGAUGCUCCUGAAACUCAGAGAUGUUAUAGCUUAUACACCUAUAAUACUUUAAUUGAUACCUAUGGAAAGGCUGGGGAGCUUGAAAAAGCUUCAAACACAUUUGCUCAAAUGUUAAGGGCAGGUAUUGCUCCGGACAUUGUUACUUUCAAUACAAUGAUCCAUGUGUGUGGUAACCAUGGUUGUUUAGAAGAAGUUGCUUCAUUGAUGGCAAUGAUGGAGGAACUCCGGUGCCUUCCCAAUACGAGAACAUAUAAUAUCCUCAUCUCGCUUUAUGUAAAAAGUGAUGAUAUUGGUCUUGCAGCUAGUUACUUGUUGAAGAUGAAGGUGGAUGGUCAGGUACCGGAUAUCGUGAGUUACCGGACACUUUUAUAUGCAUAUUCCAUAAGGAACAUGGUUGGAGAAGCAGAAGCCCUUGUCUUGGAGAUGGAAGAGAAGGGCCUUGAGCUUGAUGAGUAUACACAGUCAGCUUUGACGAGGAUGUAUGUAAAUGCUGGGAUGCUUGAGCAGUCAUGGAACUGGUUUGAGAGAUUUCAAAAUACGAUGAGCUCAGAGUGCUUCUCUGCUAAUAUUGAUGCAUUUGGGGAGCAUGGGUACCUCUCUUUAGCAGAGAAGUCAUUCAUUUGCUGCUUAGAUAAGCAAAAAUUGAGUGUUGCUGUGUUCAAUGUGAUGAUUAAAGCAUAUGGGAUAGGUAAGAAGUAUGACAAGGCCUGUGAUUUGUUUGAUAGUAUGGAGAACUCUGGUAUUCUGCCGGACAAGUGCACAUAUAAUUCUCUCAUACAGAUUCUGUCAGGGGCUGAAAUGCCGCAUACAGCAGUGUCCUAUGUCAGAAAAAUGCAAGGGGCGGGUCUGAUAAGUGACUGCAUUCCAUAUUCCAUGGUAAUGACUAGCUUGGCUAAGCUUGGUGAAUUGCAGCUAGCAGUGGAUCUAUUUAAUGAAAUGAUCAGCUUUGGCGUGCAACCUGACAUUGUUGUUUACUCUAUUUUAAUUAAUGGAUUUGCUGAAGUUGGAGGUGUUCAAGAAGCUAUGAAAUAUGUUGAGUUGAUGAAGAAUGCUGGUUUGGCUGUCAACUCAGUUAUCUGCAACUCCUUGAUUAAACUCUAUACCAAGGUUGGAUAUCUGCGAGAAGCAAAAGAAACAUUCGAACUGGUCAAAUCAUUGGAGGAUGGUUCAGAUGUGUACUCUUCAAAUUGCAUGAUUGAUCUUUACAGUGAAAAUGAUAUGGUGGAAGAGGCAGAAGAAAUUUUUGACAAUUUGAAAAGCAGGGGACGGGCAAACGAGUUCUCUUACUCAAUGAUGCUAUGUUUGUACAAGAAAAUCGGGCAACUCAGCAAAGGUUGUAGGAUCGCUCAAGAAAUGCAAAAUUUAGGACUUCUAAAUGACACACUAAGCUACUGUAAUGUGAUUGGGCUUUAUGCAUCUGAUGGGAGAAUGAAAGAGGCUGUCAAAGCUUUUCAGCAUAUGUUGGCCUCAGGUGUACCGCCAAAUGAUGCUACAUUCAGGUCUCUAGGGGUCAUUUUGCUCAAGCAUGGAGUGUCACGGGAUGCUAUUAAUCAUCUAGAGUUGGUGAGAAAGAAAGAUGUUCAUAUUGGCUCGCUUGAAUGGAUCGAGACUCUGUGCUCUAUUGUUAGGCUAGAUUAUACUAUCUUGCAGCUUGAUGAUAAAACAAAGGGCGAUUUCAAAGCAGAUUGUUCUGUGAGCGGGUUCAGGAAUGAACUUGGAUGUGCGAAGGGAUCACAGCAUCUCAACCAGUGUUUAUAUGGCUGAAAACUUCAACCUCCUGUAAGAAAUCCCUGAGUUCUUUUAGAGAAUACAAUGUCCUGUUUUCUGCAAAGAGAAGCAGUUGGAGCACUGUUGACAAUAAUAUGGCCUGGUAUCUUUGAAGUGGUUACAGGCCUGAUUGAUCUGCAAGGUUUUGAACUGUUGAACAGAAAAUCAAGUUGCACUUGAUUUCUGCAAAAAUCAAUAUGGGGCAUGUUCUAGAUGCUAUAAGCAGAGAAUUGUACAGAGCUUAAAUGAAAGGUUGGGCGACUUGAAGAUUAUAAUCUCUUCUGCUUCCUUCUUCCUUUGGAGAUUUUGGAUUUCUAAUUAUAUUUAUACUAGAGAAGAACAUUUUCAAUGCAAUGCAACACUCCAAAGACCGGUCUGGAUAUGCGCACAAAAGGGUGGAAAAUGUCUAGCGAGAAACUAAGAGAAUUGCUGGAAUUUCAUGGGGACCUAUGGCAAAAUAAAUUACAAGUUUUGGAGAAACCACUACUGAUCAUUAUUUUGGUGAUUCGCCAUGGUUUCCCAUUCAUCUUCUAUAUGUUUCUGUCACGUUUUCUGCGGCAUUUCCUGUUACCUGCUUGAGAAAAUUACUUCUUUCCAGCUUCCUGAUUGAUCAUUGUUUUCUCCACCAGGUUCUUAUAGUAGCAACUAUGCUUUUCUUGAAGUCAUAUAGGUAGCACAGAAGGAUCACCUUUAUUUUGCUCAUGUUGUGGGUGUGGUGUCCGGUGGGAAACAAGUUCUUACCAUGCAACAUAGAUAAUUUUGAACUUGCCAGAGCUUUUACUGGAGAUAACUCAAAAGCCAAGAAUUAGGUUCUGUAAUUGUCUGUUUGGUCGCAUUGAUUUGUUCUACAUGCGCCUUUGGUUUUGCUUUAGUACUUUGCUGUGACCUAAAUUAUUAUUGAAAUAUUAUUUCAAUAUAGGGGCAUUUUUUGGUGCA